CAACAUCAUCAUUUUAGGAAUAUCGAUCCAAAGUUUCAUUUUCAUUGGAACGAUUCGAGCGCCGUCCUUGUCGUUGUCUUUGUUGCAGAUUUUUCUUGAAGUUAUUGAGUUUUCUGUCUGUCUGCACUAGUUUUUACGUUGUAACAUGCCCGUUUUACAAGGAGACUUGCUUCACCCUGAUCCCGCAGUAGAGGCACGAAAGCACAAGUUACGAAGACUCAUCCCAAGUCCCAACUCCUUCUUUAUGGAUGUGAAGUGCCCAGGAUGUUUUCAAAUUACUACUGUGUUUAGUCAUGCUCAGACGGUCGUGAUGUGUGGUAACUGUGCUACUGUUCUUUGUCAGCCUACAGGUGGGAAAGCAAGAUUAAUGGAGUCCUGUUCGUUUAGAAAAAAAACAGACUGAGUUAAUAAUACAAAAGUUACACUGUUCCCCGUUAGAAACUUAGGAGGAAGGCGAUGAUGGAUCCACGAGUUUUUCAAUAAAGUGUUGGGUUGACUUGCGUCCA